CUGGAUGUGAUAACUACUGUGAACUACGUUACUUCCUAUGUUUCGCUAUCAAAUCGAAGUAUGGGAAUGCCAAAUAAAGGAUGUGGUAACAAAUUGACAUUUAACGUAGUGUAAUGUUUAAAUUCGCUCCAAAUUUUCAUGUUCGGUUUCGGUUGAAUGACAGUUCUGCCGCACUCAGUGGAAUGUUGUAGAAGUGCCAUUUCGCAUAUUAAGAAAUUGUUGGGUAUGUGUUUAAACUUUGACUGCGCUCAGCGCGGUUGGUCACAACGAUGAUUGUCAGCUGUCAAGUGUAAAAUCAUGUGAGACUGUGAAGUGUAAACAUUUUAGUCUAGAUAACGAACAGCAUUAAAAGGAAACGUGUUCACUCUUCCUAACAUCAUUUUCGGCAGAAAGGAUGGUUACUCAUCAUAGUGCGGAAGGCUAUGACGAUUUUUGUGGGUUGAUUAAGCGAUUGGAAGACUCAGGACAACCGAUAUAUGUUCUCUUUUCCGGCUCAAAGGAUUCUGACGGAAAGAGCUGGUGUCCAGAUUGUGUAGAAGCUGAACCUGUUGUCGAUAAGGUACUCAAGAGGUCAACAUUAGACUUUCACUUUAUUCAUGUUGGUGUUGGUGAAAGAGCAAAGUGGAAGGAUCCAAACAGUCCAUUCAGGAAAGACUCCCGACUUCUGCUCACGGGUGUCCCAACUCUCCUGCGUUGGGGUGCACGGCAACGGCUGGUGGAAUCAGAAUGUGCUGAUGAACAAUUAAUUGAAAUGAUUUUGGAGUAAGAUAAAGGUGGAAAUUAAUUUUUUAUGAAAGCAUAUCUGGAUAAUAAUCAAUAGAUCAAGCUGCUAUUGUUCAUCAUUUGGAGAACUUUGUGCUGUGGGAAAGAUAAAUCAUUGUAUACCUAUUUUAAUCUAAAAUUAAAAGAAAUUUGUUAAAA